CCAGGCAGUCCAUACGUAUUUUACAGCUGUGGGGAGGAUGGUUUUGUCCAACACUAUGAUCUACGAAGUUGCUCUGCUACCAAGCUUUUCUAUUGCUCUUCAUUCGCAGAAAACAGCCGGUCUUCAAGUGUCGGGCUGAAUGCCAUGGUUAUUGACCCAAGAAAUCCUAACUAUUUUUCUGUAGGAAGUAGUGAUGUUUACGCACGUUUGUAUGACAUCAGAAAAUACCAAGUCAAUGCAUCAACUAAAGAAGGAAGCCCUGCCAACUACUUCUGCCCUCAUCACCUUAUCGGGAAAGACGAUGUUCGCAUUACAGCAUUAGCUUACUCCAACACGAGCGAGCUGCUCGUCUCGUACAACGAUGAUCUCAUAUAUCUGUUUCAGAGGAACAUGGGUUUGGGUCCGAAAUUCACACCUUCACCGUCAGAAGACUCGCCCAGACCGUCGGAAGCACAAGUUUUCUCGGGGCACAGGAACUUCCGAACAGUCAAGGGAGUCAACUUCUUUGGCCCAAAUGAUGAAUACGUCAUCAGCGGGUCUGACUGUGGCCAUAUAUUUAUCUGGAAGAAGAAGAGCUGUGAGGUCGUCCGUAUGAUGGUUGGCGACAGGCACGUCGUGAACCAGCUCGAAUCCCAUCCACUCAUCCCAGUGCUUGCUACCUGUGGAAUAGAGAAGAAUGUAAAGCUUUGGUCCCCCUCUUCAAAUGAUGUCACCCCUGUGCCUGAAAAUGUUCAAGAGAUAAUGGAAGGUAACCGGCAAGGCCGGGAGGACCAUUCCCGGGUGUCCUUCACCCCCGACUUGAUCAUGCAUGUUCUGCGACUCCACCGGAGGCAAGCACAUGUGUACGUCGAGAGAAGGUACAACAGAGAAGAUUCCGGAAGCGACGGGGAUGAUGAUGAUGAUAGGGAGGAGGGUUACCUCUUAGGAUUCUCAGAUGGUGAUCCUGCAGAAGAUGGAGAGAACCCAAGAGAAUGCAGCAUUAGCUAAACCUCUCAUUUCCCUGUUUCCACUUGAAAUAUUUCCCUUGUUAUGUUACUAUAUGUAAAAUGUGUGGGAUUUGAAUAAUUUCUAUACU